CCCCCCCCAGUGCCAGUGCAAUCAUGUUGAAGUAAUCCAUUCCCCUUAAUCAAAAGCCGAUCUGCGAUCUGCACCCGAUGACCGACAAGCAGAAGCUACCUACCUACCUAUGCACGCUGUCACUCGGAGCUCUUCUAUAAAACACAUUCCGCGCCGCAGCAAGCUUUCGUUUCAACGCUCAGUAAAUAAUACAAUCUAGCUCGCAUCGCCAUCCUUUCUUACCACUCUCCUCGUGCACUUUGAACAUCUUGCACCCCCAGGAAACACAUGCUCUCGUCACAGUCGAUUGUCACACAUACCAAACCGCUCUCACAACCACGCCGCAAGGUACCAUGAAGAUGUCCACGGUGACCAUGGAGGAAUACGAGGCGCCAUGCUUCUCCCACGAGAGCAUGCUCACGCCGCCACCCGAGUCCCCUAACCACAAGGCCUCCGAGUUCCCCGGCCUCGCCCAAGAGCUCAAACCUCAUGAUACCUCCGCCGCCGCCACCACCACCACCACUGCCGGCGAGCCCCGACGCAAGAGCAGGAGCCCGUCUUCGAAGCGGUGGAACGGCGACGGCAAGGGAAUCCAGGUCGACAUUGGCGCCCGCCUGCGCGAGUACCUCGACUGCCUCAACAACCGCCGGUUCGACGUCAUCGGCAACCACCUCGCCGACACCCUUGAGCGCAACAACCGCACCCAGACCCGCGAGGAGCACAUCGACCGGCUGCGCUCGCGCGUCGAGGCCCUCUCCAGCUUCCGCAUCAAGAUCGACACCUUGCUCGUCGACAAGAAGGCCCGCGCCGUCGCCGUGCGCUACAUCAACCGCGUCGCCCUCGCCGACGCCAUGAUGUUCGUCGACAAGCCCGGCACGACGUACGAGUUUGACGAGCAGUGCUUCGUCUGGUUCGACGCCCAGGGCAAGAUCGCCCGCAUGCUCACGCUGCAGGACAACGACGGCAUCCGCCUGCAGACGCCCGAGGCCGCCGUCACGCCGCGCUUCCUCACGCGCAGCACGCCGCAGGAGCCCGUCGACCUGGCCGCCGUCUACCGCCGGUACAUCGCGAGCGUCAACCACGGCACCACGGCCGCCGAGUUCCCGCGCUGCUGCCGGCGUGAGGUGCGGCACAACGACCGCGUCAUGUCGCUCGAAGAGUACCGGCGCGGCGUCGAGGGCAGCCGGGAGGCCAUUUCGGGUCUGCGCUUCGAGAUCCAGGAGCUGCUCGUCGACGACGAGACGCAGCAGGUCGCCGCGAGGCUGCAGAUCACGGGCACGCCGGUGGCCGAGUUCGCCGGCGCGCGGCCGAACGGCAAGGCUGUCAAGUUCCACGAGCACUGCAUGUACCGCUUCGACAAGGGCAAGAUCGCGCUCGUCUGGGCGACGAUGGAGCUGGACGCAUACCGCAGGCAGCUCGAGGAGCGGCCGGAGCGGCGGAAGUCGUCCAUGCUGGGCAUCAACUGAGAUUUGUCCAGGGACACGGGGCUUUUCUGAGAUUGUAAAUUUUAUCAGCCCAUUGAUUUCUUUCGCGGAUUUGGAGAUGUUGCAUUUGGAGAAGGUCCGGAGCGUGGCGCUGGCUGUGACGCAUGGAGUACUGGAUCUUUCAGGACUGGGGGGGAUUUGUCUUCAGUUGACGUAUAAUAAUGCUCAAUCGAUAUCGGAACAACACGUU